AUGGCCACCGUCACCGUCAUCUAUCCGUCCGGUCACAAGUUCGACCUGGACUACUAUCUCAACACUCACAUGCCUCUUGUCGCCAGGGAAUGGGGCUCAGCAGGUCUUACCGGCUAUGAGGUUGUGCAGUUCACCGAGGGCGGCGCCUAUCAGAUCCAGGCCGUCUUGAAGUGGACUUCUCUUGACGCAUGGAACAAGGCCUCCAAGGACGUGGUCCUGGGCGACAUCCCCAACUUCACCACUGCUCCGGCCACACUGCUCACCGGCGAGUAUAAGCAGGCCAUCACGCUCUAA